AUGGAUCAUUCUCUCUUACCUAGCUUCCUCUACUCCUCUAUGUCAUUGCCGCAGAAGAAGAUCGUGGAGGAUAUAUCCACCUAUCACCAUGUUGCGACGGAAUCCUCCAAGUUUAUGAUUCCUUCUCCUAGCGAAACUGGAAGAAGGAACAUAAAGAUGUUUUCUCGUGAUUACUAUCUUGCUUGCGCCGUUGGUGGAAGCAUAUGUUGUGGCUUCACUCACAUGGCAGUAACACCUCUUGAUCUUGUCAAAUGUAACAUGCAGAUUGACCCUGCAAAGUACAAGAGCAUUUCCUCUGGAUUUGGGGUGAUGCUAAAGGAACAAGGAUUUAGAGGAUUUUUCAGAGGAUGGGCACCUACAUUUCUUGGUUAUAGUGCACAAGGUAUUAAGGUUAGAGUUCAAACUCAACCCGGUUUUGCUAGAGGCCUUUCUGAUGGCUUACCCAAAUUGAUCAGAUCUGAAGGAGUUUCAGGGUUGUACAAGGGAGUUCUGCCACUUUGGGGAAGACAGGUUCCAUAUACGAUGAUGAAGUUUGCUUCUUAUGAAAAGAUUGUCGAGAUGAUCUACAAGCAUGCCAUCCCCACACCAAAGGAAGAUUGCACCAAAACCCUACAACUUGGUGUGAGUGUUGUGGGUGGAUAUUUAGCUGGAAUAUUGUGUGCGAUUGUGUCUCAUCCCGCGGAUAAUCUUGUAUCUUUUCUAAAUAGUUCUAAAGGAGCAACGGCUGCUGAUGCUGUAAAGAAGUUGGGAUUAUGGGGUAUGUGUACACGUGGUCUCCCUCUUCGUAUUCUUAUGGUGGGAACUCUAACCGGUGCUCAAUGGGGAAUUUAUGAUGCAUUCAAAGUUUCUGUGGGACUGCCAACAACUGGUGGUCUUGCUCCUGCUCCGGCUUCUACUUCUUAG